AUGGAUGCCCCUGUACAGAUUUUCCGUGAUGAGCCAGACUCUACCUGCUCUCCAGGGCCCUGUUAUCCCCCCAGCACCAGCAGCAGCUGGCUCCUGGGCUGGGUGGACUAUGACAGCAACACCACUGGGGCCUUCGGGGACACCCAUCACAACCACACCAGCAUCUCACCUGUCAUCCCCAUCAUCAUCACUGCUGUCUACUCAGUGGUCUUCGUUGUCGGCUUGGUGGGAAACUCUCUGGUAAUGUUUGUCAUCAUAAGGGCUACUGAAGAAGUUCAUGGAGACCAGGGAGUCAACAUCUCAGCAGCCUGUGUGCAGAGUGCUGAGUGUUCAAAAUCUCCUUCAGCAUCAAUUAAACCAGGUAACACAAAACGUCCCCGCAUGGUGGUUGAUGACCAUCCUAUUAACAAAGCACUUUUAUCAUCACCCAAUGGUCCCCACACCCCUGAGGCUACAGCCUUGACAGCUGAGGUUUCUAAGGUUACUGAUUCUGAGGUGGCCAGAUCCACUCCGGCGCUGCCGCUGGUCUAUGCGUAUAAACUUGAGGCCAGAACUCUGUGCGUGGAGCAGAGGCUGCUUGUGUCAUUGAGCGGCCCUUCGUCACGCUUCGAUUCCCGUUUCCCUUGA